AAGUGAUGGAAGCCAAAGAAAAACGGGCAGCAGGCAAAGCGACACGCAACGCAAGCCCCAUUUGGGCAACGGGCACUACCAAACGCUAUAUUUCUUCGCCGUUUUUCUUUUUCAAACCCAAAAAAAAAGAAAAACAAUUGAAACUCAUCAAUUAUUCAUUUCGCGAUCCGAACCUGAGGCUCGGUGUGUAUGUAAGCUCAGGUUCGGAGUUCACGAAUCUGCCCUCGCUUUCGAAAAAAGCCAACUAUCCAAAAUAAUGGAACCCAAAGCAAGAGAGAGAGAGACUGAAACCAUUCUAGAGCGAGAAAGUGGAGUGAGAUAGGGAGAAAUAGGGAGGGGUUUUGAGGAGAGAGAAAGGGGGUGACUGAUGAUGGGUCAGAUCGUGAGGAGGAAGAAGAAAGGGCGUCCAUCAAAGGCAGAUCUAGCGGCGAGGAGGUCCGGCGAGUCGCCGGCGGCGGCCUCAGAAGCUGACGUCCGGCGGAGUCACCGGCGCCGGAAUGUGAGGUACAACAUCGACUUUGAUGAUUAUCUGGAUGAGGACGAGGAGUUGGACGAGGACGAGGACGAGGACGAAGGUGAAAACGAGAGAAGGAGAGAGAAGAAGCUGAAGCUGGUCGUGAAGCUCAACCAAGGCAGAGACGAAGGCUCCGGUUCUCGUGGGGGACAACAGGCGCUGGCCGAGACUGGGUCGGAUGAUGAGGAGGACGAUGAGAGGAAGCGGAAGAAGAGGCGGAUUAGCAGUGGCCACGAUGGCGAAGACGAAGUCGUCGUUGAUGAUAACGAUGACGAUGGGGGCGGUGAUGAUGAUGAGGAAGAAGAGGCAAGGAGUCGAAAAGUGGACUCAAAGAGGCUUGAUUCGGUUCCAGGGACGCCAUCAGAUCCUCAGUCUGGAAUUCCAUUUCCCGAAAAGAAGACAUUGGAGUUGAUUCUUGAUAAACUUCAAAAGAAAGACACUUACGGUGUGUAUGCAGAACCAGUUGAUCUUGAAGAGCUGCCUGACUAUCUGGAUGUGAUUGAGCAUCCAAUGGACUUCGCCACAGUAAGGAAGAAGUUAGCAAAUGGAUCGUAUUCUACAUUCGAGCAAUUUGAGAGUGAUAUUUUUUUGAUAUGCUCAAAUGCAAUGCAAUACAAUGGCCCGGAAACCAUAUACCACAGACAGGCGCGUUCUAUACAAGAGCUAGCAAAGAAGAAAUUUGAAAAGUUAAGGAUUAACUAUGACAACUCCGAGAAAGAGCUGAAAGUAGUGCAGAAAAUUAAAUCAAAUUCCAUUAUCAAGAAGCAGCUAAAAAAGCCUUUGUACCGGACAUCACAGGAAACUCUUGGCUCUGAUUUCUCUUCAGGUGCUGCUACACUUGCCACUGGUGGAGAUGUUCAAAAUAAUUUGAAUCCAACACAAGGUGGUUUUUCAGAGAAACCUACCACUAAUGAUGGACAUAUUGACGGUAAUUUAUCUUUGAAUGAUGCCAAUCUAGAGAAGGCAGAAGAAACAUUUUCAGCGAGGGGUCUCCUGUCUAAAUUGGGAAGGAAGUCUCUUGUUUUUGAUGAGAACCGCCGUGCUACCUAUAACAUUUCUAAUCAACCAGCUGUAAGAUCAGAAUCAGUACUCACGACAUUUGAGUGUGAAAUCAAGCAGCUGGUUGCGGUUGGGCUUCAUGCAGAGUACGCAUAUGCUAGAAGCCUGGCUCGUUUUGCUGCAACUCUUGGACCUGUUGCUUGGAAAGUAGCUUCACAGAGGAUUGAGCAGGCACUCCCUGCCGGAUGUAAAUUUGGCCGUGGUUGGGUUGGAGAAUAUGAGCCACUUCCGACUCCAGUAUUGAUGCUUGAGAGUCAUAACCAAAAGCAAAGUGGUUUGGUUUCAAAGUAUAAUUCUGCUGGUGAAAUGAAAAAGGAUGACAAAGCCUUUAAGACUCCAAUUCCCAUCAAGGAGCAAUCUAUUAGCGGGUCUUUUGCAGAAAGAAGACAAUCUAUGUUUGUUCCUGCUCAGGGGCCUCAAUCAGAAGCCAAACCAUUCGCGUUCAGCCCCGCUGGGCUGCAAUCAGAAGCCAAACCAUCUGCAUUCAGCUCUACUGGUUCUCAGUCAGAAGUCAAACAAUCUGCAUUCAGUUCUAAUGGCUCUCAAUCAGAAGCCAAAACAUCUGCAUUCAGCUGUAAUGGAAUGAAACCCAGUGGCAAUGUUAACGCCAUUUUUCAGCAACAAAAUGCACAUCCAAGAAACUUCUGUAAGCCUGAGAUCAAUUUUCCCAAACAAGUGGAGUUGAACUCCUUACUCGCAGCCAAUCAAAAUAAUUCUGAUCUAACUGCUGAAAAACAAUUUUCUAGAAAUUCGGAAGCAGCAGGUUCUACAUUGAGAGAUACAGCACCAAGGCAUGUAAAUCUUCCACAGUCUUUACCUUUCAAGAUGCCAGAUAGUAAUAGAGUUACUGGAGGGUUACCUAAUGGAAAAGACAUGAGAGCUUCCAUGGAUCGUCGAAUGAAUAGUCCCUCUGAUAGUGGUCCCAAUCAAAUAGCUAAAGGGGCAACCCACUUUCUGGAUGGACAGGAGCAAGGUCUUAAUGAUCCAGUGCAGUUGAUGAAAAUAAUGGUAGACAAGACACAGAAGCAACAGAAAUCUUCCGAUUUAUCAGCAGUUGAUACUCAACAAGUUAUGCCAUUGGCUCCUUCAGCAAGGAGAGAGGACUUGAACAAUGCUGCAGCUGCUGCUGCCCGUGCGUGGAUGUCCAUCGGGGCUGGAGCGUUUAAACAGCCAAUGGAGAAUCCAACCACACCUAAAAGUCCAAUAUCUGCAGACUCACUGUACAACCCAACUAGGGAAUUUCAGUCCCGAGUUGCACGAACUCAUGGUGAUUACCCUGUUUCUGGUGCAAUGCAAUUCCACCCUGAGAGAAAUAGUUCUCAAGUUCCAGCAUUCCUUCCACAACCAUUACGUAUGGGGAAUGAAGCACACUUUCAAAACCGACCUUUAAUUUUUUCUCAAUUAGCCGCAGCUGACUUGACCAGGUUCCAGAUGCAGACCCCGUGGCGUGGUCUGAGUCCUCAUGCCCCUCCAAGGCAGAAACAGGAAACCCUACCUCCAGACUUGAAUAUUGGUUUUCAGUCCCCAGGGUCUCCAGUGAAACAGUCAUCUGGUGUUCUUGUUGAGUCCCAGCAGCCAGACCUGGCUUUACAACUCUGAAUAUGAACAUGUAUUCUGAGGAUAUGGAUGCUGAUGAGUAGGGUACAGGUACAGACCAAGGCUUUCAUGGCUGCUCCUGUCAUGGGACGUUGAAUGUUUGAUCUCCCAUGUCUUUCAAUGACGAAAAUUUGGCAAGUCCUCCAAUUCAUUGCAAUAAAGAGAUGUGCAUUCAAUGAAGCAUUUGUUCAAGACUAUCAGUAAUCUUAAGUUUGUAAAUGGAGAAAGUGCAUGAAAAGGUUCUAGUGAUAUGUUCAUGGGAAAGGAAGAAUUCUUUGUGGUCAUAUGAGUUUGCUCGACAUGAGAUGAUUGAGCAUGGGUUUGGUGGCCAGUAGUUCUAUUGGAAUUUCACAAUUCCAUCUAUUCUAGAGUGUAUCACCGGCUUUCAGCGGCAUGUAUAUCUAUAUGUUUGACGCCAUGGAUACAAAAUCUUGGGAGUUCUUCAGAAGACUUACCGAAUUUAUGAUAUAAAAUACCAAUUGCUGAGAAGUUUAAGCUGAUAAUUUAUGCUUAAAAAUCUAGUUGAGGCUUUUGUACAUUGUGACAGGUGAUUGAGGAGUUAGUUUCAUAGAUAUUAGUCACCUUUGAUGCCUUUAUGUAAUUGCAUUGAUGAUUCCACUUUAUACCAAUGGUAUUAUAGUGUACAUGGCAGCCAUAAUUCUCGAAAAUUGAAUUUUCUACUGCUCCAUUUUUAUA